ACCAGCGUCCCGGCGACGAAGCCACACUCCUGCCAUUGAACCCGAGCAGCACCAAUUCCUACACAAUGCUGUCCACGCCGGCUGCAGGAAAGGCGGCGCUGCGCUCGUCCGCCACGACUUCAAUUACCAAGACCGCCGUCCGCGCACUCUCAACCACGACACCCGCGCACGUCGUGUCUCAAGAUGGCCAGCAGAAGCGAGGAAUGGCUACAGUGCAAGAUGCACCACCUGUCCACAGACAUGGCGGACUCAAGGACCAGGAUCGUAUCUUCACAAACUUGUACGGCCACCACGGAGCAGAUCUUAAGAGCGCGAUGAAGUAUGGAGACUGGUACAAGACGAAGGAAAUUCUUGACAAGGGCCACGAUUGGCUCAUUUCAGAGAUUAAGGCAUCUGGUCUGAGAGGACGAGGAGGUGCCGGCUUCCCAUCUGGCAUGAAGUGGAGUUUCAUGAACUUCAAGGGUUGGGACGAAGACACCAAGCCCAGAUAUCUGGUGGUCAACGCAGAUGAGGGUGAGCCAGGCACAUGCAAAGACCGAGAAAUUAUGCGGAAAGACCCACACAAGCUCAUUGAGGGUUGCCUGGUCGCUGGCCGAGCGAUGAACACAACCGCGGCAUACAUCUACAUUCGAGGAGAGUUCUACCACGAGGCCACAGUUCUGCAACGUGCCAUCCAGGAAGCCUACCAGGCCGGCUUUCUGGGCAAGAACGCUUGCGGUUCAGGCUACGACUUCGACGUGUUUCUCCACCGCGGAAUGGGUGCCUACGUUUGUGGUGAGGAGACAUCUCUCAUCGAGUCAUUGGAAGGGAAGCCUGGAAAGCCUCGUCUGAAGCCACCCUUCCCAGCUGCAGUCGGUCUUUUUGGAUGCCCAUCUACUGUCGCCAACGUUGAGACUAUCGCUGUGGCACCAACCAUCAUCCGAAGAGGUGGUGCGUGGUUUAACGCCUUCGGUCGCGAGCGAAACUCAGGUACCAAGCUCUUCUGUAUCUCUGGCCACGUCAACAACCCAUGCACAGUAGAGGAGGAGAUGUCAAUUCCUCUUCGCGAGCUUAUCGACAAGCACUGCGGUGGUGUCAGGGGCGGCUGGGACAACCUCAAGGCUGUCAUUCCAGGUGGCUCAUCAACACCCAUCCUGCCAAAGAAGAUCUGUGAUGACCAACUCAUGGACUUUGACGCCUUGAAGGACUCGCAAUCAGGUCUCGGAACUGCAGCAGUCAUCGUCAUGGACCAGUCAACAGACGUCGUUCGUGCAAUUGCACGUUUAUCCAAGUUCUACCACCACGAGUCAUGCGGUCAAUGCACACCUUGCCGUGAGGGUAGCAAGUGGACAGAACAGAUCAUGAACCGAUUCGAGAAGGGACAAGCACGAGCACGAGAGAUCGAUAUGAUGCAAGAGCUCACCAAGCAAGUAGAGGGGCACACCAUCUGCGCUUUGGGUGAGGCUUUUGCAUGGCCCAUUCAAGGCCUUAUUCGCCAUUUCAGACCAGAGCUGGAGGCGAGAAUAGCAGACAACGCGAGGAAGAGUGGUGGCGAGGCACUCGCUGGUGGUUGGCAGCAUGAUGCAGUGCGCAAGGGUAUGCUCAUCAGCCCAGGUCAAUAAGCCUGAGGCAGAUCUGUAUUUGUUUAUACAAAGUUCAGCGCCGGAGUGUGUUUAAAACCCUGCAUAUGUACAUAUUCCCUUGUGUUAACCCACGGCGCAGAGGAGCAAUACAAUGAAAAGACGUUAGAAGUGCAG